GCAGGACGGAACAGGAUAGGCUGUGUUUUGAAAUUGAGAAUGGUUGCCGCUCUCCGCGCCGCACCCGAGUCGUAUCCGUUUCCGGCUUUAUCAGACUCCUGGAUUUCUCAUACCAGCAGACGCAGUUUUGUUCUUGUUUGUUGGUGUUUGGUGGUAGGGUUAGGUGCGUCGUCUGUUUGUGUCCCGAAUCUGUACUGAUUUGUGGGAAAGGUGAUAUCAUGAUGGACACCACGCCCGUCCCUGAGCCGGUCACGGAGGCGAUCGGCCCUUCCACGCCUUCGCCAGUGACUACAACUGCUCCUGCUAGUUUCGGAGCUCCAGCGGACCCCGCGACGCCCGCAGUCCCUUCAGCCUCUUCGGACACUUCGGUCUCUUCGCCCACCAUUGAAACUACAGCUGUUGCAGCAACUACAGGCACUGCAGCCCCUUCAGUCACUACAGUCCCCUCAGUCUCUACAGUCCCUUUAGCCACUACAGUCCCUUUAGCCACUACAGUCCCUUUAGCCACUACAGUCCCUUCAGCCGCUACAGCCCCUGUAGCAACUGCAGCCCCUUUAGCCACUACACCCCCUUUAGCCACAACAGCAGAUACAGCCACCUCAGCCACUUCAGCCCCUCCGGCCACUUCAGCUUGUCCAGCCACUUCAGCUUCUCCAGCCACUACAGUCCCUCCGGCCACUACAGUCCCUCCGGUCACUACAGUCCCUCCGGCCACUUCAGCCCCCUCAGCGACAACAGUCACUCCAGUUACUACUUCCAUCGCUGGUGCCACCACUGUCCCUGAAGAGGGUGAAGUUGAAGAAGAAGAGCUGGAAUAUGUAGCCCCUUUGGGCUCUACCUCGUCCGGAAGGAAGAGAUGGUUUUCUAAGGAGUUACGAUGCAUGAUGUAUGGAUUUGGUGAUGACCAGAACCCAUACACUGAAAGUGUCGAUCUACUCGAAGAUCUAGUCAUAGAAUUUAUUACUGAGAUGACACACAAGGGAAUGGAGAUUGGCAGGACAGGAAGGGUCCAAGUGGAAGACAUUGUGUUUCUUGUACGUAAAGACCAGCGUAAAUAUGCUCGUGUUAAAGAUCUAUUAACUAUGAAUGAGGAGUUGAAGAAGGCAAGAAAAGCCUUUGAUGAAGUUAAAUAUGUUGAUCCGGAGUUAGCGCUAUGAUUUAUAUAAAUUGAACAUUUUGGUACUGAUGUAAGUUCUUUUCCAUCAAUUUAUCUAUGUGUAUGUGUUUCCUGCACUGUGUGUUUCUUUGUGCAACAAACGCAUUAUCUGCACCACAGCUUCCUAAUUGUCACGCAGAGUUUAUUGUUUAAUAAUUUAUUGCUUGGGUCUGUGUUGGUGAUGGAAAUGGAAAUCUGUGGUAAAUUAUCUGUUCUACUUCUUCUCUGUAUGAGAAAUCCUGAUUUUUUUUCCUGCUAGAAUUUAGAGCAAGGGAUCCAGUUUGGUCCCAAAAUGUACAUAAUGCACAUUAAAUGAAAGAUCAUUAUAUGGCGCACUUAUUAACAAAAGAAUAAUUUGCAACAUUUUGUUGCAUGGGUGAUAAUAGUUUGUAAGUUUCCAAGACUGACUGAGUUACGGUAAUUAGGAUGGGCAAUGUCAUAAGCCUGUUUUAUGUUUGUGUUGUUCAAAACUCUCUGUGAAUCUAUUUUUAUUCUGUCUGUUUCCUUAAGUGCUGAUCGUUCUGUCUCAAUCUAUGGCAUGUGUUGGGUGUUGUAAGUUUUUUCUACGUCUGAUUUCGGUACCCAGUGAAAAUGAUUUGUUUUUGAUGUUUUACAGUAACUUACUGACUGUAUGAUUAAGUGAUUUUAAUUUCAUGUUGCAGUUGCAGUCUCAUAUUCUCCAAGACUCCCCUUGGGACAUUUUUUCAAAAUGUCAAUAUUGCUUUCAGUUUUUAUUUUUGUGUACUUUGGAUAGUUAUUUGUGGUACAUGAUCUACUGAUCAAUUGAAAGGUGGAAUAAAGGAAACAAAGACAAACAA